GAGCGGCCGCCGCGGCAGUCCCCUCCCCGGAUGCGGCCCUCCGUCCCCCGGAUACGCGGCCGCGGCACUCCCUCCCCCACCCCGCGCUUAUAAAGAGGUAGCAGGACCGGCAGGCCGUCCCCGGCGGGUCGAUUGGCUCCUUUGUUGAUGGUGAGACUGUGCGAGAGGAGAAUGAAGUUCCUGGUAGCGGUCACGGUCAUCGUGGGAUUCCUGCUCUUCUUCACCUUCCCCGGCGGAUCGUCUGCGGAGAAGAAAGGCCCCAAAGUGACGGCGAAGGUGUUCUUCGAUAUGAAAAUCGGAGAUGAAGACGCGGGAAGGGUGGUGAUCGGGCUCUUCGGGAAAACCGUUCCCAAAACGGUUGAAAACUUUGUGACUCUGGCGACGGGGGAGAAAGGAUUUGGCUACAAGGGCAGCAAAUUCCACAGAGUCAUCAAAGACUUCAUGAUCCAGGGAGGAGACUUCACCAGAGGAGACGGCACUGGAGGUAAAAGCAUCUACGGAGACCGCUUCCCGGAUGAGAACUUCAAGCUGAAGCACUACGGCGGCGGCUGGCUCAGCAUGGCCAACGCCGGCAAGGACACCAACGGCUCCCAGUUCUUCAUCACCACGGUUAUGACCUCCUGGCUGGACGGCAAGCACGUGGUCUUCGGGAAGGUCCUGGAGGGCAUGGAUGUGGUGAAGAAGAUCGAGCAGACGGGGACGGACACCCGAGACAGACCUCUGAAAGACGUGGUCAUCGUGGACUGCGGCAAAAUCGAAGUGGAGAAGCCGUUCGCCGUGGCCAAGGAGUGAAGCGGCGGCGGAGGAGGGAAACGGACUGGUGGGGGCGGGGCGGGGCGGGGGAAUGGUGCGGGCCACUUCGGGAGGGUCUCGGGUCAUCACUCAGCGCCGAGCGGCCGCUGUCUUAAUCACACGGGAGGAGCGUCCGGAUCAAACGCGGCGACACUCUGGGUCCAUUCAGACAAACAGACGAGCAUUCCAAGACGCACCGAGCUGUUCGUUGUUUUGUAAAAAAAAAACAAUAAAUAAUGAAAUCGGAAAUAAAGAUUUCACAUUUUGUUAAAAUGG